UUGGCUUCGCCGUCAAAACAAAACGCAGGGGCAGCUUCUCCUUUGUGCGCUCCGAGCCAACGCAGGUUUCCUCGGAAGGAAGAGGGAAUUACUCUGGAGUAAAUGUGCACAAGAUCCCGAUCCCACCGGCCCUUACACGGAAGUAAUGCCCUCUUUGCUGGGAAGGAAUCCCGCCUCCUCCCUUUCGAAGUGGGCUUAAGAUUCCAGCCUUAAACGCGGCAACGCGGAAUUUGUAGGUUGAAUUUUGCUUUUGAAAGGUGGGGGGAAAGGCAUUAUCUCUGGCAUUUUCUAUUGCCCCCCACCACAAGCUGCUUCCUGGAUCCUUUCCACCUGAACUUAUGACCAAGGAUUCCACCAUAGCCCCAGCUCUUGCUUUCCAGUUCCAGAAGAUGGGCUCAUUCCGGAGGCCCCGGCCACGUUUCAUGAGCUCCCCGGUACUGACCGAUUUGCCACGGUUCCUGGCAGCUCGGCAGUCUCUGCAGCUUAGCUCCAACUCUGCCUGGAACAGUGUUCAAACAGCAGUGAUCAAUGUGUUCAAAGGGGGAGGCUUGCAAAACAAUGAACUCUACAUCCUCAAUGAAAAUGUAAGGCGAUUGUUGAAGAGUGAACUUGGAUCCUUCAUCACAGACUAUUUCCAGAACCAGCUCCUUUCGAAGGGCUUGCUGUUCAUGGAGGAGAAGGUUAAACUUUGUGAAGAAGAGAAUCGCAUUGACAUACUAUCUGAACUCUGGGAUCACUUCUUCACAGAGACUCUUCCCACACUCCAGGCUAUAUUUUACCCUGUUCAGGGCCAAGAAUUGACUAUUCGCCAGAUUGCGUUGCUCGGCUUCCGAGAUUUGGUCUUACUAAGAGUGAAUUUGGAUGAGAUUCUUCCUCGGGUCCAAACCAAGCUUCCACCUUCCAUUGUCCAGAUGCUGCUGAUUUUACAGGGAGUACAUGAACCUACAGGUCCCAGUAAGGCCUUCAUGCAGUUGGAGGAGCUUGUUAAACUCGUGGUCUCCCCAUACCUCGGUUUGUGCGAAGAACACUGCUUCCCUGGUAGUACAUGUGCUCUGGAGAGAAGGUAUCAUAGACCUCGUGCCAAACCCAAUGGGCUGAGCUUCUCUUCUCACGCUGUGGCAGACCGACAAGUCAGCGAGACUGCCUUGACGCCUCUGACUGAGCAGGAGGGCGAGGCAUAUCUGGAGAAGUGUGGGAACAUCCGUCGCCACACUGUUGCCAACGCUCACUCUGAUAUCCAGCUGUUGGCCAUGGCUUCCAUUAUGCACUCUGGGAUGGUGGUGGAGGAACCAGACAGUGGCGACACAUGCCUCCUCCUGCAGCCCAGCUUAAACCACAGGCAAUGUUCCAGUGAGCCCACGAUAGUAGAUGGACCGGAAGGGCUGGGGACAGCAUCCAUGCAGGAACCCACAGAACUGAACUGCACAUCUGUCUGCUGAAAUGCCAUGUGGAGGGACGAAGGACCAAGUGUGUUAGGCAAACCAUUGUUUUGUCAUUUGCUGAGAACAGUGGAGGAGUCAAACUCCAGAAAUGAGAUCAACAUGCCAUGUCCUAUCUUAAUAUUGGAAGACUUUUUGGAAAUAAUAGUUUCCAGGCCAGGUUCUAAUUUUAUGUGGCUUAUAUAUAUUGUUUUCAAGGUACAAAGCUGCUACAUUCAAGCAUUCCAACAUCCCUUCCCUUUUCUCUGGAUUUUUCAGACCUUUUCUCCUCCUGAGUCGGUCUUUCACUCUUUUGUCGCAUCUUAUGUGUGGUGUCCUAUGAAAUCAGGGGAGAAUGGUCAAUAAUAUUAGGCACACACUUUCCCCUAGCGACACUCUAUGGCACAUGCAGGAGGCCAGCUAUGAAGCAUGCUGGUUCAAGUCUUGAACCAUCAGGAUGGGUGAAACUGCACCCAAUUUCCAGAGUUAGAACUCUAUAAUAUACUGAACGAACAUUGCCUCAUUCUGCAGCAAAAGCUGGUGACCAGGUUGCACAAGCCAUUUCUGAAUGUUGGGGAUUUUGAGGUUUUCUUUUCAGCAUUGCUCUUCUCAGGGAUCCCUUAAGUAUAUUCCAAAGAAAAACCUAAGCUCAACUUCCACAGUCUAAUUCCUUCCAGUUGUUGGACUCCAAUUCCCAUCAGCUCCAGCCAGCAUAGUCAAUGGUCUGGUGAUGGGAGUUGGAGUCCAGUGACAUCUGGAAGGAACUAGGCUGGGAAAGACUCUAUAAAUUUUUAGAUUCCAGGAGACACAAUUGGAGAAGAGGCCGUUUUAAAGGAUCUCAUGCUAAGGAACUUGUGGGUGGUAUUUAACUAAGUUUUACUCAGAGGAGACCCGCUGAAAUUAAUGAAUCUACAAUAAUUUAGUUAUGUUGGUUACUUUAAGUGGGACCACUAUGGAGUGGCAAUGGUGCUAUGCAUGUAUUAACAUGUAGAACUGAGAACUGUCUACCCUUCCCAUUGUUUCCAAGAAUGAAAGAAACCCAGCUUUCUUACUAAUCAAUGGGAUUCCAUUACAUAUGGGAAACUUUAGGCUGAUGGGGAUCUAACCUCGUUUGGGGGCAACACUCCUCCUCUUGUAAAACAGGGCCAUUUGUUGACUGGUAUGGAGAAUGUGUAAUGCCUUCUAUACUUAUGUUCAUACAUCUGACACAAAGCUCAGCACUAGGACAGACUUGCUUUCUGGAAGCUGUGUAGUGGUGUCUUUCUGGAGUCCAGGGUUCCAGUUUCUAGAAACCUGAUGCUUCAGUCACAACACAGUUCUGUUACCAAAUACCUUUGGUAAUCCAAGUUAUCAUGGGGGUGGGUAGGGGUGAUGUUCCUCAGGUUCUCCUUCUCCCAAUGAGGGUGAUUCCAAGAACCUGUUAGCAACUGAAAUAGCCAGAUUUUUACUUUAAAAAAAUCAAGCAUCAUAAUCGUGUGUGAAAGUUGUUCUGCAACAGUUACCUCUUUAUGGAAGUAGAAUGCAACCCAAGGAAUUAAAUUCAGUCUUGAUAAAAUUAAGGAGCAGGGCCAGGGAUGGUCACAUUAGACCAAUAGGUGCAGACAAGAGACAAUGCCUCUUGGAUUAUUUGGCUUCAGAGGUCCAGAAUGAUGAACGAACUUUUAAGCUGUAAAAGGGCCAGCUUAAUAAAAUGAAUGGGGUUGUGGGGUGGCCAGGCCCUAAUAAGGGCUCCCAAUGAGAUAUAAACAAAAGCUAGGUAAAUCCUAGUCUUAAAGUCUGAUUCUCAACUGCAAGUGUAUAGGCUUACAGCCUUCACUCUAUAAAAUGUUCCAAGUAACUAAUUUGGAAUGAAGGAUAACAUUUCUCCUUUAUUCUUCCGCUACAUGUCCAUUUCUGGUUUUGAUUUGAAUGUAUAUGUUAAAACACAUGUAUAAUUUCCCAAGUAUGCUUGCCCCUGUGGAAUUGUGCCAAGCCACAGUGAUGGUUACCACUCAAGUCCAUGGCAAGGAUUAACUUGGUAAGAGAGCUUUACUCUGAAUAUCUAAUGGAAGCUCACAAAGAAGGAAAAAGUUAAUGUUUGGAAAUGUGGUAGGAACUGGUGUUGAGUCCUCAAAUAGAAAUCCUUUUAUUUAAUUGGAAUCUUUGUUGCCUGCCUUCAUUUUACAUAUUCACAAGAAACAGCUUUGAUGAAGCCUACUGCAGAGAUGUCUGUGUUUUCUCAUGCCUAUCCACUGCAUUGUCUUCUGCUUGCCUUAAUUUGCUGAAAUCCCCGUUAUAUUACAUCCACUUGGCCUUCUCCUCCCCAUGUGUGCGCACAAGUGUACAUUCUUUCUCUGUUGCUCAUAGGUAUAGUUCCCACAGACAUUCAUUUCUUUCUUCUUCCAUCCAACCACCAAUUCUCCCAAUCAAGGGUGUGUGCUUGUGGGUCUAUUAAGCCUCAAAGUACAGUAAACAUGGCAGUGAAGGAAGUCAGCUGAAAGGCUGACUAAGCAAUAGUCUAGCAGAGCCAAACUUCACGCACCAUCUUCUCAGCAAGUUUUGUGUUACCAAGAGCAGGCCUAAUGUAUAAUUACAAACAUAUUAGUGGAUCUGUUGUGGGACCACACAUAGCCACAGUUUUUCCUCUGCUAAAACCUUGCAUCUACCUUCUUCCAGAACGAAAACCUUUGCUGCCUUCCAGGAAAACGUGGCACAGAUCAGUAGCAGGGCACAUGUUUUGCAUGCUGAGAACACUGAGCUUCAAUCCCUAGCAUCUCUAGUUAAAAGAUCAGGUAUGUAGUUGACGAUGGGAAAGACUCCCUCUGGAGAGCUGCAACCAGUAGACAGUAUUGGACUGACCAGACAAACAGACUGGCCUGCUAUAAAGCAUCACAUCAGCGAGGCCAAGAGGGGGGGGGUCUUGUCAUCUGGGCAGCCCAGGACGUCCAUAUGCACUGCCCAGGCUUGAACCCUGGGGAGGUCACUUUGGUGCUGCUAACACAGCAGUUUGACUUCACCCCUAGAGACAUUCCCAGCAAGACAGAUGCCCAGCAGCAACACAGCAAGCAGAAGGUGCAUUGGAAUCACACCUGGAAUACUGUCAACCAUAUUUGCAACUGCCCUUUAGACCCAUGUAGCAAUAACCAGGACACCCACUUGCCUGUCCACUUGUGGCAGCCCCUAUGGCUUCAGCUUAAUCCAUGGUCAGUAUUUUCUCAAGAUACUGCCAUGGAGCUCCAAGAGAUUUCUUUAAAGGGGGCCUCCCACUGAAUGCCGUUCUUUUUAGUGAAAAUUCCCCUCUCUCCCUCCUGAGCAGUAUGAAUUAUUUUCUUGAAAACAAAUGCCGCCUCCCAAAAUUGAAUGAGGCCAGUUUCUAUAUUAAUUUUUAAUCUGGGCACAGCUCAUAAAUCCCUCCCUAAUAAUGCUCUGUCAUUGCUAGCAGCAGGUGCCUCGCAGCAGGGGGAAGCAUGUGGAGUCAUCAUUUGAAAAGGAGCUGCUGCCUCCCUCCUUUGGGUUUUCAUUCACCCUGGUCUGAAUAAAGAAAAUCAGAUUUGGACACCCCUAAUAAAUGAAUCACCUUGAUCUUACAGACAGAGGGCUUGUGAAAAUUUUAUGGAGUUUUCUUCGGGG